CCCGCCAAGGGAGACUCCACCCGACUCGUCAGUUGUCAAAAUCGCCAUUUCUACGGCGUCUUCCCUCUUCAGAGUUCGGACUUGUCAAAACUUGAUCCUUCGUUCCCAUUCAUAAUCUCUGUGCAUGGCCUGGCCACUUUCCUUCUUCCCUUCAAUCUUCAUUUUUCAACAAACAUUAAGAAAAACAGAGACUCCAUUAUUAUAUUCCCACCAUGCUUCUGUUCACAAACUCUCUUCUUUCCCUUACGACGUUUCUUUUCGCAACAUUCUUGGCAACCCCAGCUCGCGCAACUCCCGUUUACAAUGGCCAUUACUGCAACAACACGGUCACGUAUCAACCCAACUCCACAUUUCAACGUAAUAUUAAUGUACUCCUCUCUUCUCUCUCCUCCAACGCCUCCCAAGACUCCUCUGGCUCCUACGACACUGCCAUGGGCGCCGGCACCCCCUUCGCCGUCAACGGUUACUACCUCUGCCGCGGCGAUAUCGCCAUCGCCACUUGUCGAGACUGCGUUGCUGCCGCCGCCAAUGACAUCAUUUCCCGAUGCCCUAACCAAACAGAGGCUGUCCUCUGGUACGACAUCUGCACGCUGCGUUUCACCAACUCGUACUUCAAGUCUGGAAGCGUUGUUCCCGGAACGAAUUUGACAGACGGUAAAAGCGUAUCUAACACUGACAUUAGCCAAUUCAACCAGUCGUUGUUCAGAUUGUUGAAUGAUUUGGGGACACAAGCUGCUAAUUCAGAGACGGCGAAGAAAUUCGGGACUCGGGAAGUGAGGGUUACGAGGUCGAUGACGGUGUACGGGCUUGCGCAAUGCUCGGGGGAACUGAGCUCCCCACAAUGUGAGACGUGUUUGCAGAAUGCUGUCGGCGUUCUUCCGUCGUGCUGUGGGGGAAGACAAGGCGCGAGAGUUCUGCUUGCAACCUGUAAUGUGAGAUACGAGCUGUCCCAAUUUUACAAUUCAACCACUUCGUCACCAGGAAAGAAGAAAUAUGGAUCAGGAACUAUCGCCAUGAUUGUUAUCCUUCCUCUUGUUUUUAUAAUUCUCUCGUGUUUAGGCUGCUAUUUCCUGCUGGGCAGAUCAAGGAAGAGUUACAAAACUACUCUAAGCGAACAUUUUGGGAAAGAAACCGGCGCUUUGGAGUCAUUGCAAUUUAGUUUGGCUACGCUUGAAGUAGCGACAGACAAGUUUUCACACCAGAACAGGAUUGGCCAAGGAGGAUUUGGAGAAGUUUACAAGGGUGUUCUUCGAGACGGACAAGAAAUAGCUGUUAAAAAGCUCUCUAAAACUUCAGGACAAGGUUCAAUAGAAUUCAAGAAUGAGAUUUUGCUCAUAGCCAAGCUUCAGCACAGGAAUCUAGUGGUUUUAUUAGGAUUUUGCUUGGAAGCAGAAGAAAAAAUGCUUGUUUAUGAAUAUGUGCCCAACAAAAGCCUUGAUUAUUUUUUAUUCGAUUCUCAAAGACAACCACUGAGUUGGGUUCAGCGUUACAGAAUCAUGGAAGGAAUUGCUCGAGGAAUUCUUUACUUACAUGAGCACUCAAGACUCAAAGUUAUACACCGCGAUCUCAAACCUAGUAAUGUGUUGUUGGAUGAUAACAUGGAUCCAAAAAUCUCAGAUUUUGGUAUGGCAAGGAUAGUUGCUAUAGAUCAUGGUCAAGUGAAAACAAGAAGAAUAGUUGGAACAUAUGGUUAUAUGUCUCCAGAAUAUGCAAUGCAUGGACAAUUUUCUGAAAAGUCUGACGUUUUUAGUUUUGGGGUCAUAAGUUUGGAGGUAAUUAGUGCAAAAAGAAAUGCACGAUCGCUUGACUCACAUAAUGUUGAUGACCUUAUCAGUCAUGCUUGGAGACAGUGGAGGGAUCAAACACCAUUAGAAAUCCUGGACCCAAUUCUAAAAGAAGCUUGCCCACAUAACGAAGUCAUGAAGUGCAUUCAGAUUGGUUUGUUAUGCGUCCAAGAAAAUCCAAAUGAUAGACCCACAAUGGCAAACGUUGUUUCAUAUUUUAGUAGUCCUUCAGCCGAUCUGCCUCUCCCUCGACAACCAGCAUUUUUUAUGAACAAUGGAAUGGCAGGGGAAUCCAGUUCAGGCUCUGCAUGUUUAUACUCCGUAAAUGAUUUGUCCAUCACUAAUUCUUUCCCUCGGUGAUAUGACUCUAGGUCGAUUUCUACCAAUAUGCUUUGUUUAUUUAUCCGUGUUGGAUGAUUCUCUCAGCAAGUUUUUGUACAGAACAGGUCUCUCUGUCAUUGAGUUCAUUGGAAUUAUUGUGAAUUAAUCAAAUAUUAUUAGUUG